AUGAGUGAAUUAAAACGUUCUUUCUUAGCAGCAGCAGCAGCAGCAACAGAUGAGGAAGGUGCGGAUACACCCGAGGAGGGUUUGCUACAAUUAAAGAAAAAAGGAGAAAAAGAAAAACAACAAGAAGAAGCAGAAUAUAAAAAAUUCCUUGAUGCGAAGAAUGCAGAAAGAGGAACAGCAGCAGAUUCUGUUUUGGCUCGUUUUUGGGAGCAUCACAACCACCACCACCACGACGACCACCACCACCGCAACCAUCAGCAGCAGCAGCAGCAGCAGCAGCAGCAGCAGCAGCAGGAGUGUGUCUGUGCUGCAGCUGAUGACAGUAAAUUGGAUGAAAAUGAGAGAUUUUUAAGAGAUUUUAUUUUACAAGAAAAAUGGAGAGAAGAUAAAAUCUUUCAGCAACAAGAGGAAGAGUCUAUAGAUGAAGAAGAAGACGAAAAACAAUUUGAUGAGGCAGAGGCAUUCGAGGCAUCUUAUAACUUUAGAUUUGAGGAAGAAGGAGGAGGAGAAAUAGCAUCUUAUCCUCGUAAUAUAAAUUCAUUAAGACAAACAAAUGAUAAAAGAAAGAAAGCAAGAGAAAGAAAACAACAAAGAAAAGAAGCAGAAAUGAUACAAAGAAAAGAAGAAUUAAAACGUCUAAAAAAUAUAAAAAAAGAAGAAAUUCAACAAAAAUUAAAAUUAAUUCGUGAUAUUGGAGGUCUUGAUGAUGCCACUGUGAGCUCCGUAUUAGACUUAGACGUUGAAUUUGAUUCAAAACGUCACGACGAAGAAAUGGAGAAAUUAUUUGGCGAUAAAUACCAACAAGAGGAGAAGGAGGAACAAGAAGAAGAACAACAAUGCCUCUCUUUUG